UGAUUCAGGGCAGCAAAGCGGUGCAGCCCGACCUGCCAUAGAGGACAGACACACACACAGACAGACAGACAGACAGACAGACACCGCCUGCUGUAAGCAUGUACCAGGGGCAUAUGCAGGGGAAAGGCUCUAGGGCUGCAGAUAAGGGGGUCACCAUGGUGAUGAAGGAGAUACCGAGGGAGGAGGCUGGAGAAGGAAAACCCCUCCUUACUGUGACAUCACAGCUGGUGAAUGAACAACAGGAGAGCCGCCCUCUCCUGAGCCCCUCGAUUGAUGACUUUCUGCUUGAAGCAAAACCUGAGGGAGUUUCACGUGCACCAACAUCAAAUACUUCAGCCGGUGUACAGCCACAUCUGGAGAAAUGGGAAGAUGUGAAUCUGCACAGUGAGAAGAUCCCUGAGGGCCAAUGGGCAUCCGACAGAAGACGCUCUGCCAGAGCCGCGUCACAGGAGCUUUUAUGGUCAGCGGAGAAUAAGCUGGAGUCGGACCUCGGUUCUCGCCAGAAUGUUAUGCAAAGGAGUUCAGCAUCAACCGAACUAGAGUUAAUCCCAGCCACACAGGCACGGUUGACAAAGGACCAGCGAUGUGGGAGUAUGUUACUGUCCCGGAACGAGUCUUUGGAGGAAGAGUUUGAAAGAGCAAAAGCAGCAGUCGAGUCUGACACAGAAUUUUGGGAUAAGAUGCAAGUUGAAUGGGAAGAAAUGGCUCGCAGGAACUGGCUCGCAGGAAGUCAACCACCAGAAAAAGCUGCCAUCUCUCCCCACGAGAAGGGCUAUUAUUUUCACACCGAUAAUCCCUUCAGAGACUGGCCCAACGCCUUUGAGGAAGCAACAAAAAAGCAGAAAGAGGGAGAUUUGCCCAAUGCAGUCUUAUUGUUAGAAUCGGCCAUUUUGCAAGAUCCCCAUGACGCAGAGGCCUGGCAGUACUUGGGCACAACUCAAGCGGAGAAUGAAAACGAACAAUCUGCCAUCGUUGCUCUCCAGAGGUGCCUCGAGCUGCAGUCCUACAAUCUGGUGGCCCUGAUGGCACUGGCGGUCAGUCUGACCAACACCGGCUUACAGCAGGACGCCUGCGACGCCCUCAAAAACUGGAUCCGACACAACCCCAAGUACAAGUACUUAAUCAGGGGCAAAACCGGGUCACCGGCCCCCGGGAGGAAGAAAGACAGAGAAGCGAGCGCCAGCUCGUUACUAACUGAAGUGAAAGGCUUGUUUUUGGAGGCCGUCCGUCAAACUCCGGACAUGAUAGACCCAGAUCUGCAGACCGGACUCGGGGUACUCUUCAACCUCAGUGGGGAAUACGAUCGAGCUGUUGAUGCCUUCAACUGUGCGCUGACCAUCAGGCCACAGGAUUACUUGUUGUGGAAUCGGCUGGGAGCCACUUUGGCUAACGGUGACCGGAGCGAGGAGGCUGUUGAGGCUUACCAGAGGGCGUUGGAAAUCCAGCCGGGUUUCAUCCGCUCGAGGUACAAUCUAGGAAUCACUUGCAUCAACCUGGGAGCUUACAGAGAAGCAGUCAGCAAUUUCCUCAUAGCUCUGAACCUGCAGAGGAAGAGCAGGAGCACACAGUUCUGUCAUCGAGUCAUCUCCGGCAGCAUCUGGUCAGCUCUCAGGAUAGCCCUGUCGCUCAUGGAGCAGCCAGAGUUCUUCCAAGCAGCAAAUGUCGGGGAUCUGGACACCUUAAUGAGAGCCUUUAAUAUGGACUGAUCCGCAUUUGGAUCCACAUUAAUGUUGUACAUGAUACGAAAGGUAGGGAUUUCUGUGUACAUUUAGAAUACUAUAUAUAUACAUAUCAAGAUUUUUAUGAUCACUUUAUAGCAAGAUUUUCAUGGGGGAAUAUUUGACCCAUUUUCAGAAUGUUAUGCAGUGGUUUCAGCCUUUGCUGGUAACUCAUGGACUAAACUGGACGUUGAUACAUUGCAGAAUAGAUUCAUUCACUGCUGAUUAUUGUAUGAGAAUACAUGGUACUGUUUGAGUUGGUACAGCCCUUUUUUUCAGCGCUUUGUAAGAUGCAAUCAAGAAAAUACAUCGAUUAUAUUCUUUAAAGAAAAAAUACUUAUAAAGAGUACAGUAUACAAUAUAAUACAAUUACAAUGAUCUCUGCAAAGCUAAUCUUUUUUUGAAGCAUUAUAAAUUCUGGACAUCUUUAUUUCCUUGAUUUGUUCUUACAUUUCUGCCCAAAGGAUGGAUUGUUCAUAGUUUCCGCAUCUGCACUAAAGGAUGCACUGCAGUCAGAUACAAGGUCAACAUUUUGAAGGAUUAAUCAAGUGGUCGGUUUUCCAUCUCCCCUCAAGUUAGAACAGAUUUUAAAAAGGUUUUACAUUUUUAGUGAAAGGACUUUUUUUUUGCCUUUGUGUUUAACAUACACUGCACUGUUAUCAAUUGGGUUUGGAGUUUUUACUGUUUGAAUUUUUCAGGAGGUGGUUAGCGUUGAUAAAUUUUCUGGCAUUUUCCUUGAGGUUACUUCAGGCAUUAUACAUGCCAUUGUCACCAGAAUUAAAACAGAAUUGCAAUCAUUCAAUGUCAAUACAAAUGGCAGCAAAAGACAUUGAAUUUACUGAUCAGCUUUAAAGAGAAGAGGAGACUUCACCAAUUUACAACAAUAUUGUCCAAUGCUCUGAAGGUUCCAUUUUAUUAUUUAAAGCGCACAGGAAUAAACGGUUUCAGGAUUGAUGUAUUUAAAUACAGCGUGAUACUACAGUGUAGACCAAUCAUCACUGCUUUGGCAAAUGCAGGGUUCUGGUGGGAUUAACAAGAUACUUUGUACUGAAAGAAUCAGAGCAUUAGUGACAUCUCAAUACACGUUAGGCAAUCUGUCAAUACAGGUGACAGAAACACAUUGGUGUGGUUGUGGGUAAACCAACACUGCCUCUCUCCUGUAGCCAUUCCAAGCAGCUUUCUCAGCAAAUGUCCCCCAGUCUGUGCUCACAUAUCCCCUCUUUCUCUUCUGUUCCAAUCUGGAGGUCUUUACUUUGUUACAUCUGCCUUUUAUUCUUAAACACGAUAUACUUCAGGGUGCGCGUGUACCUUUACUGCAUUCCUUUGCGUGGGAACCAACCACUAAAGCCAGAGUUUAAAAGCAUAAAUUGGCGUAGAUAGCAAAUAUAUAUAUAUAUACACACACACACAGUAUAGCAAUAGAUAUGCUUAUCUCCCUUUGGCAUUGAAUCACUUUGGUUAUGUUAAAACCAUAAUCUACACUUAGAUUUUAGUCCAAGUGACAAAUAAACAUAACUUUUAAUUCAGAUUAUGGAAAGUUGGGCAAAUCUUCCUGUUAACCCUGCAAGCCAAAGCCUUAACAGGUAGAAAGGUC